AUGGAUAAGAGUUGGAUUUCUAAUAACAAUAGAUUGUCUGCCAAGUACAAUAAGGGAUUGCAAAAAUUCAUUAGAUUAUCAAGUAGUCAUCUGAAUGAGGAGAAUAAGAUUCGGUGCCCAUGUGUUAUGUGUAUGAAUUUAUACUUUCAUGACUUACAGACAAUUGAGCGUCAUAUCUACGUAAAAGGGUUUUAUACUCGAUAUGUUAACUGGGUACAUCACGGGGAAGAUAUUUUAGAAGAAAGUGAUCAUGAUAAUGAUGAUGCUACUGAUGUCGAAGAUUUCAGUGAUAUUGGCGAUAAUAAUAAUGACAUUGACCAUGAUGACAAUGAUGAUAUGAUCCCAGCAAUUGAAGACUUGGCUCAAGAAGUUCCUACACAUAAUGCUUCUGAGAAUUUUGAGGAUUCAAGUCAUAAGGAGAAAUGGAAAAACUUCCAUAACUUAUUUGAUGAAGUAGAAAAAGAAUUGUAUCCUGGAUGUACAAAGUUUUCAAGUUUGACUUUCAUGGUUAAGCUAAUGCAUAUAAAAGUAUUGACUAGCUUGAGUAUUAAAGGCUUCGACAUGAUUCUUGAGCUUCUUAAGGAUGCAUUUCCUGAUGAUAACAAAAUCCCAAAUUCUUAUUAUGAGGUUAAGAAAAUAUUGAGUGGUCUUGGUUUAGAGUGCGAAACAAUAGAUGUAUGUAAGGAUGAUUGUUGUUUGUACUGGAAAAACAAUAAAGAUGCUACAAAUUGUCCUAUAUGUGGUCAUGAAAGAUAUGAGUACCAAGGAACUAAAGGAAAAAAAAUACCACAUAAAAAGAUGCAUUAUUUUCCAAUAACUCCCCGUUUACAACGACUUUUUAUGUCAAGACACACCGCAGCAGAUAUGAGGUGGCACAAAGAAAAACGUGUGGAUACUGAAGGUGUACUUAGACAUCCGGCAGAUGCAGAGGCUUGGAAAGAUUUCGAUAAGCAAUAUCCUGAUUUUGCCAAAGAGCCUCGAAACAUUAGGUUGGGAUUUGCAACAGAUGGGUUUAAUCCGUUUGGUGAUUUAUCAAACUCAUACAGCAUGUGGCCAGUAAUACUAAUGCCAUAUAAUAUGCCACCAUGGAUAUGCAUGAAACGAGAAUCCUUAAUGAUGGUAGUACUUAUUCCUGGACGUCGUGCUCCAGGUAAGGACAUAGAUGUCUAUUUACAACCCUUAAUUGAAGAACUAAAAGAAUUAUGGGAGAAAGGAGUAAGAACUUUUGAUGUUGUUGAUAAAACAUAUUUUACAAUGCGUGCUGCUGUGUUAUGGACAAUUAAUGAUUUCCCUGCAUAUGGUACUGUGUCCGGCUAUAGCACUCAAGGGUAUAAGGCAUGUCCAGUUUGUGAUGAUUUAAUCUUCGUAAAAGAUGCAGUCCAAAGCUUUGUUGCAUGGCCGGAACACUUAAUCAUCUUUGGUGAUUCUGAGGCAUUAAAAACUAUGGAGAAAAAUGAACAUUUAUCUCCACACGUGCCAACUCAGAAAGCUUCAACAAGUUCGAUGAAUGUGAAAGACUCUCCUGUUCCAUUUGUUAUGCCCAAAAUCAUCCCAAGGAGCGUCAAAGCUAUAUUGUUAAGUGUUCAAUAUCGCAAAAGUAGAGAAGAGUAUCGUAUUGAAAUAGAUCCAAAUAUUUUUGGGUCUGAUCAAGAUUUGUAUAUUGAACCUAAAGAUAUAGUUCAUCUUGGCACAAAUGUUGAGAUUGGAGCUGAGUGUAUCGCAUUUUAUAUAAGGUAA